UUUUUACUUGACAGAUUUGACGGAGUGAUUCUUUGGACAGAUUCUUUUUACCGGUUCGCGCGGGGAACAGCCAUUUUUAGUAUUUUUCAUUAACAUGUUUUUAGUUUAAAUUUUAUUCAUUUAUCUGUGUUUUUAUUGUAUUUUUACUAUAAAUUGUUUUAAUUCGUUAAGUUUAGGACCUGAUUAAGAAGUACAGAGAAGAUAUUGAACAUGGCAGAUGAAAAUAGAAUCCGUUCGUUCAAAAAUAAGGGAAAAGAUACUGAGGAGAUGAGACGUCGACGAAUAGGUCAAGCUGUUGAGCUUCGUAAAGCAAAAAAAGAUGACCAGUUACUUAAGAGAAGAAACAUAUCGGUUGCAAGCGACGAACCUGCGUCCCCCUUACAAGAAAAUAAUCAAACCAGUCCUGCAACAAUGAAGCCAGAAGAAAUUAUGUUUGGUAUGAUGAAUCCAGAUGAAGCAAUUCAAUUUCAAGCUACACAGGCUUGUAGAAAAAUUUUAAGCAGAGAGCGAACACCUCCAAUUGAUCAGAUGAUAAGAUUAGGUGUUGUUCCCAGAUGCGUUGAAUUUUUAGGGAAAAGUCACAACCCUCCUUUACAGUUUGAAGCUUGUUGGGCAUUAACCAAUAUAGCAUCAGGAACGUCUGAACAAACAGCCGCUGUAGUUCAAGAAGGCGCAAUUCCUAAACUUCAAGCUCUUCUGCUUUCACCACGCUUAGAUGUUUGCGAGCAAGCAGUUUGGGCUUUAGGUAACAUUGCGGGCGAUGGACCUAUGACUAGAGAUUUGGUAUUGGCUGCUGGAGUACUACCUAAUAUUUUGAGACUUAUUGAGCCAAACACUUCAGUUUCGCUGCUAAGAAAUGCGGUCUGGGCUAUAUCUAAUCUUUGCAGAAAUAAAAAUCCAUUUCCAGAUUUUGAAGCCGUAAGACCUGCUCUGCCAACAUUGGCCAAAUUGCUGUCUUACCAAGACAGAGAUGUUCUGGCAGAUACAUGUUGGGCAUUAUCUUAUUUAACUGAUGGCAAUAAUGAUAAGAUUCAGGCAGUUCUAGACACUGGCCUAAUAAAUAGAUUGGUGGAGCUUUUAGAUAGUCCUGAGAGUUUAGUAUUAACGCCCGCUUUAAGAGCUGUCGGUAAUAUUGUUACAGGCAAUGAUGUCCAAACCGAUGCUGUUAUAAAUGCUGGGGCUUUAAAUGUAAUGACCAAGCUUCUCCAGCAUUAUAGAUUGAACAUAAUAAAGGAAGCAGCCUGGACUAUAUCCAAUGUCACAGCUGGAAACAGUGAACAAAUACAAAAAGUCUUAGACGCUGGUAUUAUGCCGGUUCUGUUGCAUGUUCUUGCAACAGGCGAUUUCAAGAGCCAAAAAGAAGCAGCUUGGGCUGUGACAAAUUACACAAGCGGUGGCUCUAUCCAGCAAUUAGCAAAACUUGUGGAGUAUGGCGCCAUUAAACCUAUGUGUAAUCUAUUAAAUUCAAAAGAUGCUAAAGUAGUAUGUGUAAUAUUAGAUGGGUUAAAUAACAUUCUAUCGGCCGCCCAAAAAAUGGGUGAAGCCGAAAAAGUAGGAAUUUUAAUUGAGGAAUGCGGAGGAUUGGAUCUUAUUGAAUCGUUGCAGAGCCAUGACAACGAAAAAGUUUAUGAGAAAGCUUUGAACAUCAUUGAAAACUUCUUUAAUGAGGGUCAAAUUGAUGAUUUACCAACUCCCGCUACACAAGAUGGCCAAAUCACAUUUUCAAACUCCAUCUCUCAAAUGCCAACUGGUGGAUUUACUUUUUAAGGUUCUGUUUAUAUUCAAUCAUUCCACUUCAAUAAUUAUUAGGGUGGUCGUUAAAAAGUUUUUUUAUUCGACGCCCCAAGGAAUUCUUUCCUUUGACCAACAACCACGGAGAAUUUUUUUUUUUUGGUUUUAAACAAAAGGAACACGUGCCGACGGCCAAUUAAGUUGCUAUUGAAGUGGCAAUUCAUAGCAAAUUUAAAUAAAACCAAAAAUUUUCCUGUACUUUUUCGUCAAAGGAUUUUUUGGGGCGACGAAAAAAUUUUAAUUUUUAACGACCACCCUAAUAAAUAUGAGUUGUUAUUUUAUAUUUAGUAAAAAAGUAAAAUCUC